AAUAGGCGGGCUCAUCAUAAAGCCCGUCGCGAUGACACGUGUCGGCCCGGCCCAAUGGAUGAGAUCCGCCGAGGAGUCGUGGAAAAUCGACGAUUGAAAAACUUAACGAACUGCUGUUCAAAACCGACUUCGACGCGUCACCAAAAAUUCACAAAUUCAUUCCUGCCUCAAAAAUUCGAAGUGAAUUAUUUGCUCUCGAUCUGUCCGCAGUUGCCAAGGUUUGAUUAAAUGGCUGAAGCAAAAUCAGCAAAGAGGAAGCCAGUUUUCAUAAAAGCUGAUCAGCUAAGCCCCGGUACAAAUGGACACAAUCUUGUAGUCAAGGUUUUGAGUUCCAAGAUGGUGAUGCAAAAGGGCAGGCCAGAUGGGAUUCCAGGUCGUCCUAUGCGAAUCGCCGAGUGUCUUGUAGGAGACGACACCGGCACAAUUUUGUUUACUGCCCGCAACGAGCAAGUUGACAUAAUGAAGCCCGAUGCCACCGUGAUUUUGAGAAAUGCCAAAAUCGACAUGUUCAAAGGAUCGAUGAGGCUUGCUGUGGAUAAAUGGGGACGUGUAGAAGUAACCGAACCCGCCAAGUUCACCGUCAAAGAAGACAACAAUCUCUCUCUGGUCGAAUACGAAUUAGUCAAUGUCGUCGAGGAGUGAAAAAGGCGCAAGUAAUUACCCUCUCUUUAUGCUUGAUGGUGGAGAAAAUAAAGUCUAAAAAAUGGAUCUUGGUUAGAAGAUUACAAGGUGAUCAUAACUAAAUUGUUUAGCCAAGACCCUCUAUUAGGGCUGAAGCAUCUUUAAGCCCAUUGCUAUGGAUGAGAGGUUCUAUCGAUAUCCAGACGCAACAAGACAGGGUAAAAUCAUAUUCAGAUGUGGUAUGUAUGUUCAUAAUAUUAUAUAUAUAUGCGAUCAAAUGUUUGCAAAACCAGCUUUUGCUAUAACAUGAUUGUUGAAAUUAUACA